AUGCAAACGGGUGAGUGUGAUUCAUUCACGUCAACUUGGGCAAUUCAUUUGCCCGGUCCUUGGGCAGUUUAUCUGCCUUGCCCUACCCUACCCACGCAACAAGUGUUUCCCAAGAAAUUGAUCCCAGCGAUAUCGAAGAGGCGAGGCGAUAUGCGGCCACACAGCGUCAUCACUACUCAGCAGUCCACAUGUGGCGCACCAAUAGGUGACCACGACGACCACCGAAUGGAAACAGCAUGGAAACUUCCCGAAAAUUCCCGAAAACCGGCAAACCCAUUUCGGGAAAUCGCUUUCCCGCUAAACUCCCCGUCUCUUCGGGAAUCUUCGGCUCGGCUCGGGCCAUCAUCGCAUCGGGAAAAUGGGGAAACUGCUGUGACUGAUCGACUGAUUGAAUGA